AUGGACCACCUCCCUCCAGCGGUCACACAGCACCCUCCACCACCCGAAGACGACGCAUGGCCAACACUCCUUGUCCUCCCCUUCCUCGUUGGCCAAGUCGCAUUCUUAUCCGUAUGGGUCGUCUCACAGCUCAUCUACCUCAUCUCUUCCGCAUGCUACAAGAACCCAAAUGAGAAUCCUAGGCUGUCAAUCAUCGUCCUGCCCGUCGGGCUGCUUCUGCUGAUAACGAGUGUGUACCAUUUGCGGAUCUACCUCCGCCACGCGCGGAAACUCCACCUGCUUGCCGUUGGAAUGUAUUCGAUGGCCACGCUUAGCAUAUGGGCGGUCUUGGGACUGAUGAUGGCCUUGGAGGAUUGGACACAUGAUGGGAAACGGGAUACGUUGGUCAUUGUGUCAUUGGGGAUCUUCCAGCGGACAGGGUGGAUUUAUUUCUUCUGGAUACUCGUGUCCAUGCUUGCUUUCACGGCGACCGCUUUUCAUAGAUUGGGGAAACCGGCCGCACGUUUGAACGACAGUCAGAGCCAACUACGGACUAGAUUAUCUAGCCAAAUUACACGAACUCCCGACAGCCACAGUGUAUACGCCGUCCUGCAUGCCUUUACGACGAUUGCGGGCUUAGUGCCCAAUCUCACCUGA